AUGGGCGGGUGCAAUUCUUCCAGUCUCGACUGCAUUUCAAAUCCAUAUAACUAUUACAUGGGUUCACUCGAAAGAGGACCUGAUUUUAGAGCUAUCACGAUGCAUCCAGUGAUUUAUUCUCAAUAUGAUAAAAACAAGGUAAUUGUUCCUGCUUCAAUAUCAUUACAGGAUUUUCAAAUUAAAUAUCCAUUCCCGAUCAUACCAAUAUGUUGUGAUGGAGAAAAUGUUGACGUUAUUGUUGGUUGUGAUUAUUAUUUUAUUAACAAAAAUAACGAUAUCGGAUAUUUAGAACUUACAUAUGAAUAUUAUCGGUGUAUUACUCCAAAAGUUGUACGUGUAGUUGUUCGUAAAGCCAAUGAAACUAAAUCAGUUGAAAAGAGGAUGUUAAAGAUUGCAAAACUGUUGCUUUUCCCAGUAUCAGAAUCAUUAUCGUCUCAAAUUCAAGAUUUGAACUGCGAUCUUCCAAAUUUUUUCGAAUUUAAGAAGAAAUUACUUGACGAAAACGAAAUAAUAUAUAAUCCAGUAUAUCCAAAACGUUCAUUCACAUUCGGUGAUACAGUAGCUGCUAUGCAAUCAGAUCCCCCUAGAUUUAGACCAAAGAAACUUAAUAAUUCAAAUGUGACUCAAGUAAACAACAGUAAAGAAACGUUCAUUGCCAAAGAAAAUAAAUUCUCUAAUCAAAUAUUAAAGCGAUCUGAUAACAAAUAUCAAAAAAUAAAUGAAAAUCAAGAAAUUCAAAAUUUUAAUGAGGAAAUUGAGGAACAAUAUGAAAAUGAUAAAUGGGUAUAUCAAGAUUAUGAUCAUUCCUAUGAUCUCAUACCAAAAAUCAACGAAGAUUAUGUUUAUUAUAUUGUAAAUAAAAGUCAGAAGUCGGAAAUAGGAUUGAAUGACGAAUAUUACUAUCCUGUCAUCGCAUUUCGUGGUGUAUUCAAUGACCGUGUGUUCUUUUUCUACGGUCCAAGUCUCUUUGUAGUAUCAAUUACAAAACAAAUUGCUGGUGCAUAA